CGUCCCCCAAGAAAGAGCACCAAUAACUGCUCAUGUCAUUGUCUCUCUCGUUAUUCAAUUAUAUUCAAGGGCGCAGGUUUGUUCUCUCGGUCUGUUGGUGAGGUUGGAGCAUUGCGUUAUUCAUUUCUUCUGGACAGCAGUGUUGAGCCUCUCAGGUCUUUGCAAAUUCACGUCGCGUUUAUUUUCGGGAACUUUUUCCGAACGCGCAACAAUCGUACAGCGACUCUCCUUCUGCGCAUCGAAAGGAAAAGCAAAAGUCUGGAAAUUAAUCUAUCUCAAGAUCAGUUGUCACAAUGGAUAUUUAUUCAUCUAAAUUAUCACCUGCUGUGGAUUAUGGAGUGGGUGCGUUUCUGCUGGUCAUUGCCAUUCUUUCCAUUGUGGGGAAUUUGCUUGUUCUUGUGAUGGCGUACAAGAGGUCGACACAAAUGAAACCCCCAGAGCUGCUGAGCGUGAAUCUGGCUGUGACUGAUCUGGGAGCAGCGAUCACCAUGUACCCCCUGGCUGUAGCCUCGGCGUGGAACCACCACUGGAUCGGGGGAGACGUCACAUGUGUGUACUACGGCCUGAUGGGAUUUUUCUUUGGGGCGGCUAGCAUAAUAACACUGACAAUCAUGGCCGUCAUUCGCUUUGUCGUGUCUUCGACACUCCAAUCGCCCAAAGAAAAAAUCACCAAAAGAAAUGCCAGGAUGCUGGUGGCAGGUUCCUGGCUCUACGCGCUGCUGUGGGCGCUCUUUCCUCUCGGCUGGGGCAAAUACGGUCCAGAACCCUUCGGUCUGUCUUGCACGUUGGCCUGGAGAGACAUGAAGGAACACAGCCAGUCAUUUGUCAUCACCAUGUUCCUCAUGAACCUGCUCAUCCCGGCCGUUGUCAUCAUGUCGUGUUACUCUGGGAUCGCGCUGAAACUCUACAUGACGUACAGAUCUAUGGACGACACCAACCGCAUGCCCAACAUGAUAAAGAUGCAGCGUCGUCUCAUGCUGAUCGCCGUGUUGAUCAGCGUGGGCUUCAUCGCCUCCUGGACGCCCUAUGGACUGGUCAGCCUCUGGUCCAUCUACCGGCCCGGUGACUCCAUCCCUCCCCAGCUCAGCAUGCUGCCCUGUCUGUUCGCCAAGACCUCCACUGUAUACAACCCCUUCAUCUACUACAUCUUCAGCAAGUCCUUCAAACAAGAGGUCAACCAGCUGGGCCAUCUGUGCGGCUUACCCAAAAUGUGCUGCGCGUCGCCUACCAAAAAUGUUCCCGAGAAUACCAUCUACCUGGUGUGUAUGGAAAACAAGGAGAAACGAGAAGCGAUCGAACAAACGUGUGGAAGGAGGAGAGAGGCCGAGACUCAAAUAAUGUCAAGUUGAACUCAAUUGAUUGAUGGAAACUGACUUCUUCUGUUAUCAUUGUUCCAAAUGCUGCAUUUGAAAAGAUACCUCAUCACAGCACACGCGUCCAAUUCUGCCCAUCAUUGACACGACACUCGUCUAAAGGGCAACUUUUCUUCUAGUUUAACAUUCAGCCCACAGACUUUUACAAAAGUUAAGAAGCGAUUAAAAAUCAAUUUAAAAAUCACAAAGGCAAAUCACAGAGGCAUGAAUUUAUCAAAGAUGCUGAAUUGUACUUUUGAC